CCUUGGGUCAUCCUACUCCAUCCAGUCUCUAUCACUGCUGCUUUGUUCCAUAUUUAGCUCCUGACAACUGCGUCUAGUGCAAGAACUCCCAGCUCUGUUUUUUCCCUCCCCCAACUGCUGUCUCUGCUCCCAGACAGCUCUCAGAAAUUGCUCUUUCUUUUUCCCAGUGGCCAUAACUGAGUAUUUCUAUACCCAAGAAGAUGGCAGAAAAGCAGGAGGAGCCCAGCAACACCCAGAAUGGUGAACCUGACAGUGUAGAAGAAGGCGAGGAGAAGAAGAAGAAGAAGAAGGUGAAGCGGGAAGAUCUGCCACCAUUUGAAAUUGUGACAGGGGAACGCCUCCCAGCCAUAUUUUUCAAAUUCCAGUUCAGGAAUGUGGAAUACAGCUCAGGUAGGAACAAAACCUUCCUGUGUUAUGUCGUGGAGACCCAAGGCAAAGAGUCAGUAACUUCUCGGGGUUAUCUGGAAGAUGAACAUGUGGCAGCACAUGCAGAAAUUGCUUUCUUUAACACUAUUUUGCCUAAGUGCGAAUCAAGCCUCCGCUACAAUGUCACCUGGUACGUCUCCUCCAGUCCCUGCGUGACUUGUGCUGAUCGGAUAAGCGAGAUCCUGAAGAAGAACAAGAACCUGCGUCUGACCAUCAUGGUAGGGCGCCUCUUCAUGUGGGAAGAGCCAGAAAUGCAGGCUGCUCUGAAAAAAAUGAAGGCAGCUGGCUGCAAGCUGAGGAUUAUGAAGCCUCAAGACUUUGAGUAUGUCUGGCAGAACUUUGUGGAACAGGAGGAAGGGCAGGAAGCGAAGGCUUUCGUGCCAUGGGAAGACAUUCAAGAGAACUUCCAGUAUUAUGAGGAAAAGUUGGCUGAGAUUCUGCACUGAAGCUCAUGACCUACUUAGAAAAGAUCUGUGAAGAGAUGUGAAAGAGUUGGACAUCUGGGACACUCCUUCAGCUUUCCAAAGCUUUGACUCCAGCAGGAUGCAGUAUCAACUCAUGGAAAACUGGGCCCUGAUGGACUACAAAUGUAUCUACCACACAGCUCUUUGGUGUUCAGGCUUUUGGGGUUUGCUUUUUCUUUCCCCAAACAAACCUGCACUGCCUCUGCUGAUUGGAAAAGAGAAAGUAAUAUACUGUGUGGUUAAAUCCUCAAAUUAAAUGGAUUGCAGUGGACCUACAAGAAAGAGUGUGGGUCUUGCAUACUGGGACAAUUGUAGGAAAAAGAUCUUAGAGCAAAGCUGCCAGUUAAAAAAAAAUGCAUUUAAAAAGUGUGCACUUUAAGAAUUAGAGAGAAAGACAUCUAAAAGGGGGGAAUAAGAGGAUUUAUUCUGUCAUCCCCAAAAAACAGAACUAGAACUUAAAUUAAAGCUACCUGGUCUAUUCUAGCGCAGGGGAUUAUGAUGUAAUCCAUCGAGUAAAACAUGUACUUGAUUUAAAAUACAUCAAGUAUCUUCUCCCCUUAUUCAGAGAUGUCUGCAAUAUAAAACUGGGGAAGUAAAAUGAGUGAAAUAAAAUUGGUAGCCACUGCAAAAAAA